AUGUCUCAAUCUUGUUCUAAGCAUGAAGAGCUUGCUCAUCCCGAGCCAACUUGCCCCGGCACUGCAUAUAAAGACCUUUCGCCAGAACAACAAGAAAUGAGCGACAUUCUAUAUAAAAUGGAGCGCCAUUCCCCAGACCUAUUAGGCAUUGUACACCUUGGCCGUGACGGGAUUUUCCGCUAUCUGGACGCUGAUCGCAAUAUCCACUAUGCAGUUGCUUUAAGGCCUGCAUUGAUAAAAGCUUUAUUAGACCGCGGCCCUUAUGAUAGGGAGGAAGAGAUGGUCUUUCGCGGAGUUGAUGGAACAAAAGUUCCUAAAGAACAGUGGUACAAUCCACCCCCGGGUAUCCUUCCGCCACCACUAUCUGAGGAGCAUCGGAAAGAGGGCCGAGAGCUUAUUGAGAAGAACAAAGAGAAGUUUGACAAGAUUCGUGAAGAUUCGAAGAAUUAUAAGGAACGCCUUGUGUUUAUAGAGUCAGAUCAUAAGCUUGAAUAG